AUGUCCGACGCAAAGCGCAUCAAGCUCGACGAGGGCGCGCGCCCUGUCAUUGUCACCCACUCGGGCACGUUUCACGCGGACGAUGCACUGGCAGUCAACUUGCUCUCGAAGCUGCCGUCGCUCGCCAACGCAGACAUUGUCCGGACGCGCGACCCCGCCGAGAUCGCCAAGGGCACGAUCGUCGUCGACGUCGGCGCAGAGUACACUCCGGAUGCGCACCGCUACGACCACCACCAGCGCGGCUUUGUAGAGACCUUUGACGCGGAACACAAGACCAAGCUCAGCAGCGCCGGCCUCGUGUGGAAGCACUUUGGCAAGGACAUUCUCGCCGCACACCUCGGCAAGGAGGCGACCGCGGAGCGCAUCGAGCUGCUGUACCAAAAGAUGUACGACGACUUUGUCGAAGCCAUUGACGCGAUCGACAACGGCAUUGCGCUCUAUCCGGAUGCGGUGGGCGAGCCGACAUACAAGUCGCGGACGGACCUCUCGUCGCGCGUCGGCUUCAUGAAUCCCCGCUGGAACCAGCCGUUCGAGGACGCGGACCUCUUGCAGCGCUUCCGCCGCGCGUCGGCGAUGGCGGGCGGCGAAUUCUUCGACCGCGUCGACGAUGCGCUCUACGCAUGGCUCCCGGCGCGCGACAUUGUGCGUGCGGGCCUCGAGGGGCGCACGUCGUUCGAGGGCGCAGACCCGCAGGGCCGCAUCAUCCUCUUUGACGGCGCAGUCGGCUGGAAGGGUCACAUCUACGACCUCGAAGAGGCGCUCGCCAUCCCCGAGGCCGAGCUGCCGCUGUACGUCGUCUACCCCGACGAGUCCGGCAAGUGGCGUGUGCAGGCCGUGCCGGUGAGCAGCGAGAGUUUCGAGAGCCGCAAGGCGCUGCCCGAGCAGUGGCGCGGCAUCCGCGACGAGGAGCUGAGCACGAUCAGCGGCAUUCCGGGCUGCGUCUUUGUUCACCAGUCGGGCUUUAUCGGCGGCAACGCGACCAAGGAGGGCGCGCUGGCUAUGGCCAACAAGGCGCUUGCGCUGUAG